AUGGAUGACGGGCCAGACGCGCCCGGCGGGUUCACAUUACAUCAACAGCCACCCAAACCGAACGACCUCUCCUUCCCGCCAGCCCGCGAUCCUUCGGCACCGAGUCGUUGCAGUCGCAGUCUGAUUCCUCAAUUGACAUCUGAUCGUCUGAAUACUGGGUCAGCAUUUUAUUUCUUUGACGGGGCAGAAAGGUCACGGGACAACAGAGCGGUGACGAGGGGAAACUUUAGCCCUAUGGCGAAAUUGAUCUCGUCCACAAGGCCUAGAAAUUCUUUGUUGGUGGUCAAGCAGCAGCAAUCUCUAAAACCGUCCUUGAAGACGAGUGGUGGGAAGCUUCAGAAAACUUUUACGGCCACCUUUCGACAAGAAGACGCACAGAUUGGUCGAAACAACCGGUCACCACCGUCCUUACCCCAAGAGUGCAGACGUGAACCAGCACCGGUGUCCACACCAGGCUUCCACGACAUUGAAGACAACGAAAACGAAGGAACCCUCGAUGUUUCGAUACGGGAAGUGGAGCACGCUGCGAGACCGGAGCCUGUGCCAAAACGCGGCCAAAAGAGGAAAAGCACGGAACUGAGCAAGGCGGAUGGUUUGGGCUCGGACUCGGACGAGUUUCCGGAUAUUUACAAGAUGUUGGGGACGCCAGCCCCUUCGAUUAGUCGCUUGGCCAACCGCACAACGAUACUCCCGUUAAGUACCCACCGAGAAACAAUGGAUGGUGGUGUGGUUGAAAAGCGGACUAUUACGCAGACAGUCAUCCCCACGCAGCGCACUUCUAUAAUGAACGACAGCCCAAAUGGCAUCAGUACGCCACGACAAAUUUCCAGAGCCAAGGGAAACCAACAUGCUCUUGGACGGGCUCCGAGCAACGCGUUGCAGAUAUCGACAAGUCCUGAGCCGAGCCGCAAAGCAAGAGCACUAGGUUUUCAGGCGAGUACGCAACCUAUUUGGCCUUGUGCUAUGAAAGAUCCCGACGACUGUUUCCACGUGUGCGAUUAUGACGAGCAUCUGCUGGCUACUCGAAGUUGUCCCACGGGUACCCUGAUGCCGGCCACUGCCACUCAGUUGAGGCCAGCUUCGAUUCCUCUGGACAACACCGAGUCAUUUGACGAACUUACUACCCCGAAUACCACUUCUGGGCCUCGAUCGACGGUGUUCAAAGCCAUGGAUCAUCACCGGCCAGUGGCUACAGAUGCUGGCAACUUUACGUCUUCAAAUCCAUCGAACGAUCAAUUACCCCAGCAGAUCGCGGCAUCCCAAGGACAGAAGUCGGCCAUACUUAAAUUCAUUCUGAGCAACCCGAAUGCCAUAAAGACCAAGGAGAAAAUGAUUCAAGAACAGCGCGAGCAAAACUCGAAGGAUUAUGCCAAGGCCCUACUCAAAGGCUCCAAAGAAGAUCGCGCUAGAGUCAAGAGUGCAAGGGAGCCGCUCCUGAAACAGCAUGCCGGCUUGCAAAGGGUUAUGAAACUCCUAGAAUCUCUCGCAGCCCUUGAAGAUGAGAAAGAGACUCUUGCAACGAAAAUUGCUAAUGCCUAUGACAAAGGUUGCAAUACUGAGCAAGACGAGAAUCGCUUAGAUGACCUUGCAGACCAAGUCAAGAUGUUGGAGCAGUCAAUCGACCGUGAUCUUCCUACUGCCGGCAUACAAGAUGAAUUCUUCACUGAAGGUUGCGGUAGGUCAGAACCCAUUGGCAUAGGUAGGCUGUCUAGCCCCAAAAGACCUUCAUGGACAUUAAGCAGUGUUCAGGCGGCUGCAGAAAAAGACAAUCUGUGACGGGCUGGGCCAUGAACCACCUUUGGUCAGGCCCACCACGGAAUCCACGACGCCGACAAUCCGAUGGCCAGUGCGGCAUGGCCCUGAUCAGGCCAACGGCAAGGCAGAGAUUUGUUGUUUUCCCUUCUGAUCCAGGAGAACAAUCAGGGAAGGAUAGGAAACUAGCUUAUUAUCAUCUUUUGUCGUUGCUGUCGAGAGUUGUUUGGGUGUUUUGCGGAAGG